UUUUACUCUUUUUUUUUGGGUUCCCUUCGUCUCUUCAUCUUCUAUCGCUUCAGCAAUUUCUCUGUAAAUUUCCAUGAUUUUGCGUGUUUAGGGUUUUGUUGUUUCUUCGUCAAGCAGAGACAAAUGAGUGGGGUGUCUCUAGGUGAGUCUCAUGGUCGACCCCGUACUGGGAAAAAGACAUCGAGGAGGUGCAAUGAUGGCACAGGAGCUGAUCAUGUUGUUCUGAUUGAUGUCGAGUGUGAAACUUUUGGUAAUGUUAUUUUUAUUGAUGUGCCUGAAUCAACCCCCAAGAAGUUUCGAGGUAAGACAGCAGCAAAGAAAGACAAAAGACGGUCUCCUUUGAGGAACAUAAUCUUCAUCGAUGAUGAUGAAAGCAAUGGGAAUGAAUAUCCUAAAUUUGGUCUGGAAGAUGACCGCCACUUCUUUCAUGACCCAUCCCCUAGCAUGAGACCAUGCUCAAGCUCGAAAAGUGCUACAGAACCUCUAGAUGAUAUUGGUGAUGAUUGUCAGUUUGUUCGAGAAAAUAUUUCCCCAGUGAAGUUAUCAAAAUGUAAAAGAACUUACUCUGGAAAAGCUCCUGUCCAAAAUCGAUAUGGUUUGAUGUCUGAUUCAGAGAGUAGUUCAUCUGAUGAUGAUGAGGUCAUGGGGGAUUAUUCUGGACUGCUUCGAGAAGAGUGGCAGAAAGCUUCGUUAAAGAGGAAAAAUGAUAAUAGUGGUCAAUCUGGUGUUAGAGAUAUUAAUAGUGCAUCCGCUGUUGGAAUUCAACCUGAGCCUGGUGAGAGUAAAGAGCAUCUGGCUUGUCCUGGUUACUCUAAAUCCUCUACUGAAAAAGAAAACCUAUCUCCUAGACCAACAUGUGAAUCACAUUGUAAUGAAACUGGUAGUUUCAAUGGAAAGGAGGAUUUAUUGCCUGGAGGAUUUCGAUGGUGGACUACCGGAUCAUCUGUUAAAGAUAAAUCAGACUGCAACUAUUCUAAUGGCAGCGUUAAUCUUAGAGAGUCUUCUAGUUGCAGGAGAGCUUCAUCAGGCAUACAAAUCAGCGGCAAAAAAUGUGUUGAUCAGGAAAAUGGGAAAUGGAUUCCUGAUAGGACAUCAGAAUUAAGUUCAAACCAUAAUGAAACACAACCUAGAAACAGUGGUUCCUUGUCGGAGGAGGAUCUUUCGGAAUCUGUAUCUAUGAGCCAACACAAGGAUGAAAGGCAUGAUGAUAUGAAUGGAAAAGAUGGUGAGAAUGUGGAGCGCUGUGUUGAGAACUGUAUUACCACCGAAAGAGAAAGGUUCAAGGAGACCUCCGAAUACAAAAAGGCACUAGAGGAAGAAUUGGCGUCCAGACAAAGAGCAUUGGCAAUUCAGGCACAAGAAGCCAAGAAAAUGAAGCUGCUGCUAAAAAGAAAGAAGGCUGAAAGUAUGCGUUUAUUAGAAAUGGAAAAGAGACAAAAGCAGCGUGUGGAGGAAAUGAGAGAAACUCAAAAGAAGGACGUAGAGAAUAUGAACUUGAAGGAACAGAUACGAUCUGAAGUUCGAAAGGAACUCAGUAAGCUUGAAAUGACAUGCCAUGAUAUGGCUUCGGUGUUGCAUGGAUUGGGAAUCACUGUUGGCAAUGGCACUAGUCAUGAGGUGCGCGUUGCUUACAAAAAAGCCUUGCUGAAAUUUCACCCGGAUAGAGCUUCACGAUCUGAUUUACAACAGCAAGUUGAAGCUGAGGAGAAAUUUAAGCUCAUUUCUCGAAUGAAGGAUAAAUACUUACCAACUUUAUGAAAAUGACAUAGGACAUAAAUGUAGUUUUUUCUCAGGGAAGAUAUUAUAUUUUAGGAUGGAAAUUUUGUGUAUAGGCCUUCAAUGCUUGAACUUUUCCCAUCUUAUGGAAAA